AUGACUCUAUCAUUCGUCUUGGUUUUUGCAGCCGCAGCCAUCGUGCUACAGGCCAUCCGUCUAGCAUUCAACUUAUGGCAACACUCGCGCAAUGCUAAGAGACUGGGCUGUAGGGAUGUACCAAUGUACCCAUGCAAGGACCCUUUUGGAAUUGAUACCCUGAGACAGUCCUUGAUAGCAGACAAGGCCAAACUGGUACCUCAGUUGACCGAGGAGAGGGUCAAGAUCAUCAGUGACCAAGAGAACCGUUAUGUCUCUACAUUCGCCAUCCGUAACCUCGGUCGCACCCAUAUCCUCACUGUCGACCCUAAGAACAUCCAGGCUAUCCUAGCUACACAGUUCAAGGACUUCGAGCUUGGCUCUAUGCGUCGGCGUAGCGUACAUCCGCUGCUGGGCACUGGUAUUUUCACCGCCGAUGGAGAGCAAUGGAGCCGGUCCCGUGGCCUACUCCGGCCUCAGUUCACCCGUGAGCAGAUCAGUCAAUUGGAACUAGAAGAGGAGCAUGUGCAAAAGGCCAUGCAGGCUCUGCCUAUCGCGGCCAACAGAUGGACUGCCACAACAGACAUCCAGUCCAUCUUCUUCCGCUUGACCAUCGACUCUGCCACAGAAUUCCUAUUCGGUGAAAGCGUCGAGAGCCAGCUCGGCGCUCUGAAGGGCCUAGACAGACCCGAAGACACCUUCGCCGGCUACUUCGACAAGUCCCAAUGGGUCUGCGCGCAGCGAACCCGCUUCGAGAAGCUUUCCUUCCUCGCCGAGAGCAAGGAGAGCAGGUUCUGCGACAAGCAAGUGCACGCCUUCGUGGACAAAGUCGUCUCAAACGCUCUCUCGGCCUCCCAGGCCGAGAAGAAAGCCUCCCCCGACGAGAAGUCAUCAUAUGUCUUCCUUGAAGCCUUACUCGAAGUAACGCGCGACCCAAUUGAACUUCGUUCCCAACUCCUCAACAUCCUCCUCGCUGGCCGUGACACAACAGCCUCCCUCCUGAGCUGGACAACCCUCAUGCUCGCCCGCCACCCAGACGUCUUCACCAAGCUCCGCGAAACAAUCAUCUCUAACUUCGGCACCUUCUCCAACCCCAAGAACAUCACCUUUGCCUCCAUGAAAUCCUGCCAGUACCUACAGCACGUGAUGAACGAAGUCUUACGUCUAUACCCAGUUGUCCCAUUCAACCGCCGUACUGCAGUCCAUGACACAAGUAUCCCGCGCGGUGGCGGCCCAGACGGCCUAGACCCAGUCUACAUCCGCAAGGGUCAGGCAGUCCUCUACACGACGCACGUCAUGCACCGUCGGAAGGACCUGUGGGGCCCUGACGUCGACGAGUUCAAGCCUGAGCGCUGGACGGAUCGUAGGGUUGGCUGGGAGUAUAUUCCCUUCAAUGGUGGGCCGCGGAUCUGUAUUGGACAGCAGUUUGCGCUUACUGAGGCCGGAUAUGUUAUUGUGAGACUUUUACAGCGCUUCGAUCGCAUUGAGGAUGCGUAUCCCGAUCAGAAGAUUCGAUAUGCUAUUACUUUGACUAGUGCGCCUGCUGAUCUGGUUACUGUGCGCUUGCACCAGGCUGAGGAUGCUUGA